AUGGACUUCUCGACUUUCACUCGCAGAGCACCGUACAUCUGCGCACAAUGCCGCUCCCAACAGCUCCAUCUCCGCCAUCCUCGUGCUUACUCCAGCACCGUAUCAAUCGCCCCUCCCCCUCCCCCUCCACCUUCCGCGGCCGUCCACUUGACAACCCGCCGUCUCAUCUCGAUCCACGGUCCGGACUCCGCCAGGUUCCUCCAAGGCCUGAUCACCGCCAAUCUUCCCAUCCCUCAAUCUGAUGCCUCUGCCAACCAAUCUGCCUUAUCUGCCUUCUACGCCGCUUUCCUCACCGCGCAGGGACGCGUGCUGCAUGAUGUCUUCAUCUACCCCACUAUGGGCACGCACUGGCACGCUGAAAUGAACAACGAGUCGUCCGACCCCGGCUUUCUGGUAGAAGUCGAUGCGGCGGAGACGGAAGGGCUGAUGAGGCAUUUGAAACGGCACAAACUCCGCGCGAAGCUGAAGAUGGCGGUGCUGGAGCAGGGCGAGGGGGAGGUGUGGCAGGUUUGGCGGGAAGGAGAGCGAUGGACGCGGCAUGGUGGGGUUGCACGCACGGGCAGCGAGCAGGGUGCGGGUGCAGCAGCAGAUGAGAGGAGGAGACGAUGGGAAGACGGCUGGCCGCGCUUAACCGACUGUCGUGGCCCGUCGAUGGGCCAACGACUACUCUAUCUGCCUGCGGCGCAAGCGAGUCGCGAGGGUCGCCCUACGGAUCUGGAGGAGUUGGAGCAGGCGCCGCUGAGCGGUUAUACGAUCCGCAGAUACUUGCGCGGCGUACCAGAGGGACAGAAGGAGAUUGCGCGGGAUGACAGUUUGCCUAUGAACUGCAAUAUCGAUCUUAUGGGCGGGAUUGACUUUAAGAAGGGAUGUUAUGUGGGGCAGGAGUUGACGAUUCGCACGCAUCAUACGGGGGUGGUGAGAAGGAGGAUCCUGCCUGUGGUGCUGUAUCCGCAUGGAGAGGAUGUGCCGGGGAAGUUGGAGUAUAACCUACAGGCUGCGGAAGCUGUGGAGGGAGCCAUGGGGCCGAUGGGAGAGGAAGUGGAGAUGGAGAUUAGAAGAGACGAUGCGCGGAAGCGGUCGACUGGGAAGCUGAUUGCGAGGGUGGGUAGUGUGGGUUUGGGCAUGUGUAGGCUGGAGCAGAUGAGCGAUCUUACGGUGUCUGGGGAAGGGAGUUCUUACGGCCCUGACGACCACUUCGUAAUCGCAGCACCAGACGGAGAAGCGAUGGUAGGGGUGAAAGCCUUCGUACCUGACUGGCUUCGUGGGAGGAUACGCGAACCGAAGAUCCAGCGACGUGUCGAUACGUGA